GAUAUGUGACACGUAUUAAUACCAAAAUAAGAUGCAAAACAGGCAAGUCCAAACAUUUUAAAUAUGGUGCUCAAAAUGCCCCACCUGCCCUGAAUGACGGGUCGCCACUGCGUAGGCUACAUGCUGUGUGGUGUUGAUAAUUGGAUAUGGAGAAGGGCGAGCCGGUCAAGGAUCGAUUCAGACAAGGUGAUAAAUUGUAUGACAAGCGACAGUUUAAUUAUGAGUAAAGAUAUCUGGUACAAGCGUAUACGGUCUCGUUCCUUCGGCUCAUAGAGAACCUCCAGAAAAAAGCCCAGAUAACAGAAUGCAUAGACAUUUUAUACAACACAGAAAGUAGGUUGAGUCUGGAAGUUCUGGUCCUUUGGUUGGUUCUGGACAGGUUGUUGUCUUCUCAGAUUGGUCCUGAUGAGCUGGGCGUCAUCCUUCUGAGUCUUAUAGCAAAAGUUCUUUGUUAUCAAAUGUUCAGCUAAGCAGGAGAUUUUGUGUGUGCGUAGUCAGCCCUCCGUCCUUGAGUAUGUGUGUGUGUCUGCACCCUUUUCUUAUCAGUGUUUAGGAAUGUUCUGUGUCAGCCAUCUGUCUCUGGGUGUGUGAGAAACCCUGCUUAGAAAGAAGUUAGUUAUAACAAUGUAAUAGCAAUAUGCUUGUGUUAUUUUAAAUGGUAUUUAUUACAGUGGUCUUCCCACUACUUGAAGCUUGUCUUCCUAUCUGGAUACGUGCCAAACAGAACUCGGGCGGUACACUGCGUAAUUAAGCAUUUUAUUUCCUCAAUCUCAAUUUGUUCAGAGGAUCCGACUAGCUGGUAAAAUAACAGAUGUUUGUUAUUUAAAUGAUCAAUGGCAUCUUCUAAAUCGACAGAUGAAGAUUAUCCACUGAAAGCAUCGCAGAGAAGGUCCAGCAUUGAUGGUAGACGUCCCAAUAUGUCCAUGUCCAGAAUUGCGCUGGUGGGGAAGACUGGUUCUGGGAAGAGUUCAUCAGCCAACACAAUCCUGGGGAGAGAUGCCUUCAGAUCAGCUGUCAGUGGGUACUCUGUCACCAGAGAGUGUUCUAAAGAGACAGGGGAGGUGGGGGGCCGAGAGGUCACCAUAGUGGACACACCUGGCCUGUUUGAUACUUCUCUCUCUGAGGAGACAGUAAAGAGAGAGAUAGCUAAAUGUGUCAACAUGUCAGCACCAGGUCCACACGCCAUCAUAGUUGUGAUUAAAGUAGGUACCUUCACAGAGGAGGAGAGAAGUGCAGUGAAAAAGGUUGAGGAGAUAUUUGGGAAAGAUGCUAAAAAAUACACCAUGAUCCUUUUCACCCAUGGAGACAAAGUUAAAGGGGGCAUCGAAAAAUGUGUGGACGAUGCUGGUGAAGACCUCAAACUGAUUUUGAAUACAUUCGGGAAUAGGUACCACAUCUUCAAUAACAUGAAAACAAACGACCGUACCCAAGUCUGUGAGCUGUUUGAAAAGAUUGAUGACAUGGUUGCUGACAACAAGGGAGACUUCUACUCUAACUACACAUACCAAAAAGUUUCCAAAAUGCUGGAGGAGAGAGAGUCAAAGCUCAAGGAGGUAUAUGAGAAGAAACUGCAAGAAGAAGUUGAGACACUUAAAUCAAAAUAUGAUGAAGCUCUGUGUGCACUGCUGGCAGAAAACCUGACUCUAAAAGGGGCUGAAAAAGAGGGCAGAAACAGACAGCGUGAGAGAACUCUGAAGAGAUGGGACAAUCACAUUCAAGAGACAAAGAGAUUUUAUGAUGGUUUAAAGAAGAGAACGCGAUAUGUUGUAGAGCAAGUCCCAGACACUGAGGACUUUGAUGACAUUGUUGGGCGAUACCCAGAGACCCUGUCCUUAAAAUGGAACUAACUACUGUAUAGGCCUAGUAGUGGUAAUUUGCAGUAAAUGCACAAUUGAUGGUAAACUACUUUGUAGCACAACAUGCGAUGAUAGGCCCUACGUAAAUUUGAAUGAUCUUUAAAUAAUAGCAGAAUCACAAAUGAUAUGUGUAUAUUUGGUAGGCAUGUUUCUCAUUUUUCUAAAGCAAAUGUCAAUUCUGUAACCUAAGUCUAAGAAAAUAUAAUUGUUGAUUAAUUUUUAUAAAAUGUUAUAAUCCAA